GGUCGGCAUUCAGCGGUUGCAUCAUAUUACAGCCAUUUGGCAUCGUUACUGCUUCAGUUAUUAUUAAUACAGGUAUCAUCUUAAGAACCAGCGGUGAAAUGUGUGGGAUCUGGGCUUUGUUCGGCAGUGAUGAGUGCCUGUCGGUUCAGUGCACGAGUGCCAUGAAGAUCGCUCACAGGGGCCCCGACGCCUUCCGCUUCGAAAACGUCAAUGGCUUCACCAACUGCUGUUUCGGCUUCCACCGGUUGGCUAUCGUGGACCAGCUGUACGGCAUGCAGCCCUUACGCAUCAAGAAGUUUCCCUUCUUGUGGCUGUGCUACAACGGAGAGAUUUACAACCAUCAAACGCUGAAGAAGCAGUUUGAGUUUGAUCACCAGACCAAAGUGGACGGCGAGAUCCUGCUCCAUCUGUACGACCGCUUCGGCAUCGAGAAGAUGGCGACUCUCCUGGACGGCGUCUUUGCUUUUGUUCUGCUGGACACUGCCAACAGGAAAGUGUUUCUGGGAAGAGACACGUACGGCGUGCGGCCUCUGUACAGACUCCUCACGGACGACGGAUUCCUCGCAGUCUGCUCGGAGGCGAAAGGCCUUAUAGACAUAACUCAUGCGAUGACCACCCCCGCCAACAUCACGCCUUUCCUGCCCGGGCACUUCGAGGUCUUCGAUUUGAAGCAGAACGGCAAAGUUCAGUCGGUUCAGAUGGACCAGUUUCACUGCUGCACCAAGGAGCCCGCUCAUGCUAACUACGAUACGGUGGAGAGGCUGCCUACAAGUUUCGAGGAGGAAACGGUGAAAAGCAACGUCAGAAUGCUGUUUGAGAACGCCGUGCGGAAACGUCUCAUGGCUCAAAGGAGAAUCGGAUGUCUUCUGUCAGGUGGUCUGGACUCCAGUUUGGUUGCUGCGACUCUGGUGAAGCUGGCCAAGGAGGAGAAGCUGCCGUAUCCUAUUCAGACGUUUUCAAUCGGCUCGGAGGGCAGUCCAGACAUCAUCGCUGCACGCAAGGUCGCUGCUCACAUUGGCAGCGAGCACCACGAGGUGAACUUCACUGCGGAAGAAGGUAUCCAGGCUGUGGAGGAGGUCAUCUUUCACCUGGAGACCUACGACAUCACCACCAUACGUGCCUCAGUCGGAAUGUACCUGAUUUCCAAGUACAUCAGGGAGAAGUCGGACAGUGUGGUGAUCUUCUCUGGAGAGGGAGCCGACGAGCUGACUCAGGGAUACAUCUACUUCCACAAAGCACCGACUCCCUCGGCUGCUGCAGAGGACAGCGUCCGUCUGAUGAAGGAGCUCUACCUGUUUGACGUCCUCCGAGCUGAUCGCACCACUGCUGCGCACGGUCUGGAGCUCAGAGUGCCUUUCCUGGAUCACAGACUCACAGCGUACUACCUCUCUCUGCCCGACGACAUGAAGACUCCUAAGAACGGAGUGGAGAAACAUCUCCUGAGGGACUCCUUCAAAGGUCUCAACCUGAUCCCCGAUGAGAUCCUGUGGAGGCGCAAAGAGGCCUUCAGCGACGGGAUAAUGUCCGUGAAGAAGUCCUGGUACUCCUGCCUGCAGGAGCACCUUGAGUCUAUGGUCAACGACGACCAGAUGGAGAGGGCUCACAAGACGUUCCCUCACAUCCCCCCGCGCUCCAAAGAGGCGUACUACUUCAGACAGGUGUUUGAGAAGCAGUUCCCCGGCCGCGCCGAUUGGCUGCCACAUUACUGGAUGCCCCGCUGGAUCAACGCCACCGACCCGUCGGCCCGGACCCUCUCCAUCUACAAACCGGACAAAGAUGAAUGAACGGCGGCUGCCAGUCCGUAUGUUAGGUCCUCUACACGCCUUCUACAUGUGUCAUACUUAGCUUUGAUUUGAUCUCAGAUUAGGUCGGGUUUAUUGGGAUUAGUUGUCGUACAUGAUACCAAGUUUGUCACACUGCGAUGGAGUUUGUUGGACUUACCGUUAAAAGUCAGCCUCUCGUUGGGGGAGUUGUUUUAGUUUAUUUGAGUCUGCGAUCAAACAAUUUCCCCGAAUAAGAAAAAUCCAAAAGGUGCAAGAAGACGCUUUAUAAUACCCAACCCCUUUUAUAUAAUAUGUACCUACAGACAACCCUCUUACCCUCUUACCUCUUCAUCUGAGUUUGAGAAGAAUGAAACAAAAGUUUCAAACUUAAUACUCAACAAUCUAAACACUUUUUUACAGAAUUACAGGGAAUAAAAUAACUUUGCGAGAAUAAAGUCAUAAACAGCGCCCUUAUUCAAACGGCUUCUUUUACAAAAAUGCCGUAACUAAGCUCAGCCGUCAUCACGUCUUUUGUACUGUCAUAUUGAUUCCUGGACUUGGUAAUAUUCCUGUCCCAGUCGGUGGGUUCAUUUUGUUUUUCAGCGUUGUGGAAGCACAGCUGGAGCUCAGCUGAAACCCUAUCGCGGAUCGAAGCGGCAGUGUGAAACCGGCAUUUGUAAGAAAAAAGUCAAAAGAUAUUGAUGAUAAAGUCACAGCUGAAAUGUUACAAGAAAACGUCUUAUAUUAGCUUUGGUUUGCCUCUUUCUUGGGCAUGUUGUAGAUCUAUCUGACUUUGAAACAGAGAUUUUGAUAACAGGCCUCAGGAGGAUCCAGAAGAAAAGCUAGAAAAGUUUAACUUGAAAGUUUUUUGCAGACUGACGUCGUUCUUGGACAAAGAAAUCUGACAAAGUAGCACCAAUAACACUUUAAAAAAACACAAGACUAUUCCACUUUUACUGCAUUAUAGAGUCUGCAUUCAGUGCAUACCACAUAUUUGAAAGAUGCCAUGUUGUCUUUGUGCAGCCGAAUGGACUUCAUGCAUGAACCAUGCGCUUUUUAUUCAGCCACGAGUAACCUUUAAAAACCUGUGUCCAGGUCAAAAGAAUCAAAGUCACUCUAAAGGUCAGUCAUUCAGCUUGAGCGUCAUCUGACAAACUCCAUCAAAGUCUGACAGACGAUAGAAAAAAAUACUUACUAAUAGUUCAGAGGAGCCUGUGUUAACUCUCCUGAAACUCAUCAGACUGAUACUCAUCGAUGAAAAGAAGGAACCUGAUGUCGGGUGAAGUGGAGUUAAAGACGGUGACUCGUAGAUUUAUGGAAGUUUAACAGCUUCAUUCUGACCAUUGGACCUGUCUGCAUUAGAUGCUUUCUGUUUAUCUUCCUUUUAACCUCAAACUGAUAACUCAAAAGGCUAACACCAAAACGGCUGCAGCUCCGGCGUGUAGGCGAGGUUUUUAUGCAAUUAGUGUGCAGGAUGUGUUUCCAGUUCUUCAAGGACAGAGGUGACUCAGUGUGAGGUGAAACUUGUUCACACUUAUUAAUCCCGUCUGUGCCGGUUUUUCAUUGAGAGUUAGGUUUUUUAGGUAGGAUGUCUAUGCAAACAGAUGUCUGAGUAUCUCUUACAUAAUGUUUGAAGGUAGAGACUAGGGGUGUGAACGGUUACUAAAAAUUUCUAAACGGUUACAUGAUGUCAUUUUUUUCGUGUACACGGUUAACUUUUUUUUUUUUUUUAACGGUUUCUUUUCCUCCGCUUAGUAAUAUGCUUAAAUUCAGCGGGUUGUCUCGUCUGAUCUGAAAAAAAAACGGUUACCGCCGCUGCGAAAGGGCGACAUGGAAAGCCAGAACCCGCACAGGCAGGUCCAAACAAUCGCCAAUCCCCAGGAGUGCGGCUCCUCCACGCCGCACUUCGCUGAGUAGUCUUGGCUGCUAUCACAAGUCAAAAGUGAAACUUACUUGUUACGUGACGUAAUGCUUGGUGGUCAGUUAUCCAACAUUUAUCACGUGCAUUUGUGAGCGCAGUUACGUUGUCAAAGUGGAACAUUUGUAGCUUUAUUCAUCUCUAAAUAAAUAGUUUGUAUUAUUUUGCGUUAUACGUGUCUCUAAAACAUUUUAAAAUAAUAAUAAAUUAAAAAACGGUUUUCGUUUACUGAUUUUUCCUAAACGGUUAUGAUUUACUAACCGGUUACACGUGUACACCCCUAGUAGAGACAUGAUGUGAGGACAACAUUUAGGCUCCUAAAUCAGAAGAUCCUUUUGGUGUUAACAUAUCACACAAUAAUCCUGAUUAUAUUCCUCUGUAGCGCAACAUCAAUAUUUGAUUAUGUAAAAGAAAGAAGAAACAUAACUCCCUUUGAGCUGCAAAACUGAGGACACAUUGAACAUUGUAUAUGCUGCAAUGAAUUUAUAACAAGGCUGUUAUAUUAUAAGUCCUGUCAUCCUGUCUCCCUCCACAUAUUUUCAUUAUGUAUGAGUUGCUUUCUUUUUAUUUUCCUGGUUUUGUAAUAAUUGCUGCUGAAAUAAAUUCCCUCUCUUGCCUCUGAAAA